GUGUCACUCCAUUUUCCACACACUUGUUCGAAUAUCAGGAAAAAAAAUAAUCCUACGUCUUAUAAAUUGUGUGGUAUUCCAAAAUUAAAAAAAGAUGACUAGUCGUACUUUAGUAAUGCUUGUUUUAGCAAUAACUUGCGGUGUUUUGAUGAAAGAAAGCAAUGGUCAUCCUUGUAGCAGCACUUUCUUUUCAGCAUUGAUUCAGCUGAUACCUUGUAGGGCAUCGGUGGUUCCGUUCAGUUCGGUUCCACCGAGCGAAGCGUGCUGCGCUUCGAUCAAGGCUUUAGGGCAGCCGUGUCUUUGUGUUCUUGUCAAUGGCCCUCCAAUUUCUGGUGUCGAUAGAAACAUGGCCUUACAGCUUCCUGAUAAGUGCACUGCCAACUUUGAACAAUGUGAAUUUGGAAAGUAGGAAUACUAGAUUGAUUCUAGCAGGUGUGGUGAAGGAAGAAGUAUAGAAUAAAAAUGUGCAGGGGAAUUAAGAACAAUUGAAAUAUGUACUAAAUCAAAUUAAGUGUUUAUUUAGCUUGUCGUAACAUCCUUAUUAUAGUAAUAAUGUUCAAUAUGAGUACUAUGUAAUGCAAAAUGGUCACUUUGGAUCUCAGAGCAAGAAUCUGCCUUAGCCACUUUUA